AUACCUACUUAAAUGUUUUACAAUUGUUAUAAUUGUGCGGCUUUGUGUUUAAUGGCAAGACGCACACCACAAAAUGUUCUCUUGUAAGAUACUAGCUAGAAAAACCCUACUCUAUGUUACUUAUCUCGCCGCUCUUCAUACCCAUUGCAAGCUCGGUCUCGCCACUAAGCUCAUGACCGCCGCUCAGGCUGCUAUGGAACAGUUGCAGAAGCUAGGUGACAUGGGAUAAAACCAUUUUCUGAUGUUAUCUUUUGAGAGAGUGUCAUUUUAAGAGACAAAUGUAACCCAAAUUUUUAUUUGUAUAUAUACAAAGCAUCUUCUUAUGUGAAUGAUUUCUUCAUAUCUCACACAAACUAGAACAAAACUUAAAUUACAUC